CGUUCGUCUUGAACGCGGAGCGCUUCGCGUAUUUUCAUCCGUAGCCUGCCCUGCCGAGUGAUUCUCUCUCUUAUCGGGCGACUCACUUAUCGUGUGCACGAUGUCGUCGGCACGUCGUGCGUGACGAGGGGAGAAGCGAGGCAGAAGACCGCGACGCGAUUACUAUGCGAACCGUUUCGAAGCGAAAGUUUUCGCAGAUCGAUCGAACGGCCCUUCCGCUCCCCGAUGCCGGCGAUCAUUUCUAUCCUCUUUCCCUUCCCUUGACAUCGCUCAUAUAAAUCCCUCACGCACCCGAACAAUUCCAAUUGUGUGCUGUCUUUAAUCACACAUUAGCGCGCGUCUCCAUACGCGAUAGAUUCAUCGGACGCAAAUUCGCUCCAACGAUUCGUCGGGCAACCGACAGUAUGCUGGUUAUACAGGCGUUCGAUCUGUAACGCAGUUCCGUAACAGGAUUGGUACAUGCAGUUCGCUAUUACAGCAUGCAGUUCUUGAGCGAACUAUUCUCUAUCCAGGAAUUGGUACAGAUCGAAUCGUUUCCGUGAUUUUCGUCGUAAAAAAUUGGUCUAAUGCAGUUGCGUUUCUUCUGAAAUAAGUUAUUUUAUUUCUUAUAUCAAAGUUACGUCAUGUACUACAGUGAAGAAUAAUGUCAUAUUUUGCCUGAGUUCAUGCAAACUGUGAGCGGUAAAAUGUAGAUCGGCACAUUUUUCUUUACGUUCUCCAGACAUUAUUCAACAACGCAGGCAUCACACCUCUUGUGACUGCCCUUCUCUUUUGAUGAACAACUCUUUAUCAUAUAUAGAAGGAGAGAAAGAGGAUCCGUUAUAUCGUGCGCGUGUGACAAAUCGAGAAUCGAACGCGUCGUGGCGUGAAACGUUUCGGGAUGAACUGAACGCAAUGGACAUCGUGUUCGUUUCGUAAUUGGUGUUGGAGAGAUACAAGAUAGGGGAAUAGAGAGGACACCAGGAGAAUCGACGACGGGACGGCCGUCGAGAUCGAGAGGGACGAGAGCAAAAUGAGGGCCCCGUUGCUCCUCUUAGGCGGCAUUGUUGUACUGUCGCUCGCGGUGGCGAGAGCCCUCUCGUGUGUGUGCUCGCCGCUGGAGUGCGACGUUCUCACCGACGAGGACUGUCCCGGAGGCCUCACCUGGGACCCCUGCAGGUGUUGCAAAGUAUGCGCGCGUGUGGAAGGCGAGCCUUGCGGCGGCCUCUUCGGUUUUUCGGGAACCUGCGCUGUCGGUCUACAAUGCGUAAUCAUGAAUCUACUGACUCGCAGUCGAGAAAUGGACGAAGGCGUCUGCACGAAGAUUCCGGGCAGAUGGAGGAGGCAUUGUCCUCACGGGCCGAUGAUGUCGGGCUCUGGCUGCAACCUGGUCGGCGAGGGAGUCGCGACAGCCGAGGACGGAAACGUGGCGACCGCCGGCAAAUGCGUUUGCGGUCCGUCGGUGCCCUGGUGCCCGGGUGAGCCGCGGCCCUACAUGUACAUGACGCGGCACGAGUGCCGGCUCAAUUUGGAGGCGAAAAUUGCUUACGAUGACCUCUAUAAUUCUGGCGACACGCCGAGCAGCACCGCCAUCGAGGGCACGUCGUUCGGCGAGUCGGCGACGCGGGGCGAUCGAGAACAGGUGGGCGAGAGAAAAGAAUCGAGACGGAACAACGGCGACUGGAAGGACGACGAGAGGGCCACAAGGAGCACGCGGAUCGCGUCCAGCUGGACAGGAGCCGCGCACAGUGUCGACGGCUGCCCGCAGGACAGCGUGCCGAACGAGAAUGGCGGUUGCAAAUGUGCGGAUUGUCCACCCCACAAGUGCCGUCCGGGUCAGCAGGCGAUGCUAGUGAGGGGAUCAUUUUCUGGGACCCCCGGUAACUGCUGCCCGCGCUACAACUGCGUUCCCUCAGAUUACCAUCGUCGGACCGAGUCGUUCUGUCCUGAGGAUAGCGUCCUGACGAACGAUGGCAUUUGCAAGUGCGUCCCGACGUGUCCGCUGCCCAAGUGCCGACUUGGUCAACGACCGUUUGAGGUGCGGGCGGCCAAGCCCGAGACACCCGGUAGCUGUUGCCCCCUUCACGACUGCAGACCCUCAGAUCCGAUUUCCUGGGUGAAGGCUGAAGAGAAACCGCAGAACUGCAUUCACGAGGGCGUCUCGAGGAAACUUGGUGAGGAGUGGAAACAGAACGACUGUAUCACUUGCAUCUGCAACGAGGACGGAAUCGCGUCCUGCCAAACGACCAUGUGCAAGUCCUGCGAGAACGCGAUACCACCCGAUCCAGGCGAAUGCUGCCCUCACUGUCCACCGCUGACGAACAGGACCUUUGAUCGCCCUGACGAGUCUUGCAAAAUAGACGACUGCAAGAUGAAAUGCUACCACGGCUUUCGAACAGACAAGAAUAAUUGUCCCAUCUGCGAAUGCGCCGAUGAUUUGGAGGUCGACCUCGUGCCGGACGUGCUACCGGAAGAUUACAAAGUUUGCCCGGAACUGCCGCACUGCGGGCUGAACUGCGACCUCGUCAAGGACGAGGACGGUUGCCCGGUAUGCGCUUGUCAGACGCCAUCGCGUUAUCCGUCGCCGAAUGUCACCGCCCCGGAUACCACGAACGACAAAAGGAUCUGCCCCGAGGUCAAGUGCGACCUUCACUGCGAACUCAUCAUGGACGAGAACGACUGCACCUUUUGCGAGUGCAAGCCACCCACUGCUGGCUGUCCGCCGCUUGUCGGAUGCAGGAAGAGGUGCAGCUUCGGUUACAAGACGAACAAGCGCGGCUGUCCCAUAUGUCGCUGUCGAGCUUCGUGCAUGGACCAUUUAAACGAGACACAUCCAGAGGGAUCGACUUGGCAUCCGAACAGCUGCAACACUUGCACUUGCGAGCCUGGUGGACGACUUAAUUGUAAAGAAACCAUCUGCUCGGUGGCCUGCACUAAUCCAUUGCCACCGAAACCGGGUACUUGUUGCCCCACAUGCCCGAUUACUACGAUUAAGGAAAACGACAUGAUUAAUCAAAUUACCAGCCGUGGCUGGGGCACAGUGCCGAUUACGUUAAUCGUCGUACUCGCGCUGCUGUGUCUGCUACUGAUAAUCCACAUCGUGCGCAGCCGAUUCCGUGGCCGUCUGUCACCCUCGGAAGCAUCGUAUGCGUCGUAUCCGCCGCAAUAUUACAAGUGUGUGCCCGUGUACGACACCCCGGUGCAUCGGAACGAGAAAAUCGUACCUUUGUAAAAGACUGUUGUUGAUCCCCAAAGAGAGCGCGCGCUUGUCGACGAGCGAUGUGCAAAAGCAAAUUUUCGAUUCGCUAAGACUGUUUUAUACACGAUCGCCGACAAGAUUUCGCGAAACUUUACGUGACGAUUAUUCUGAUUAUACGACGUGUCGUGAUCGUUAACUCUUAAACGGAUCUUUUAUCUGUAAAUUGAGGUUAUUAAUUAUUUAUAGACAUAGAAAAAAGAAAUAGAUGGCAAAAUAUUGCAUCGUAUAAAAAAUUAGAAAAAUUUUUCUAAAAUUAUAUAUAAAGUUUAUUAAGAAUUCUAUUAAAUUCCAGCAUAUACUAAAUCUUUCCUGUUCUUAUGAAUAAACAAAAGAUUCCUUUAAGAGUUAAUAGCUAUACGGAUGAUUUUUGCAACUCGUCGAUAGUCUUACAAGGAAAAUUCAUUGCCAGACGUAGGCGCGUGAAACUGCUGUUAACAUCUCGCUAAUUCGAUGUUAAAGCGAAUGCCGACAGGAGCGGAGAAUGUUGCGGAAUGUUGCGCACGAUGCUGCGUAAGGAAGUCUCUCUCUUUGGGUGCGGCUGAAAAUACUUUGAAGUAGAUUUUCAGUAUUAUUUGUAAGCGGCAGUGAGUGUUGUGAACUUUGAAAGGGAGAAAGAGAAAAGAAGAAGCAAAAGAGAACCAUCAAUUCGCACCAACCUCGUAAUACGUUUGCCGAAUCCUCUUGAAUCCCUUAACUUAAUAUGACACAUUGCGUAACCUGUAAAUUAUAAUAUAAAAACGUAGCGUAAUUACGAUUAAUUAAUAUAAGAAUAAAUGUAUUAAUGUUAACCCAUCGUAGGACUCUAACUUAAAUGAAAAAAAAAAAAAAAUCAUAAAAGAGACAGGUCUACACCGUAGUAUUAGUUCCCUUGAUCUCUGGACCACCAUUAUUAUCUCAUAUUAUAUUAAUGAAUGUUUAUACGAAGUAAAAAGUAUUCGUUUUUUUUUUGCAUGUGGAUAUUCAAACUCGCAGAUUCGAAGCGAUUAUCGGAUAUCUCUUACCAAGUAAAAACAAAUAUAUUUUCUAUUAUUUUUUUUAUAUUCUUAUUUUAUUGAAAAUUCGUUUCAACGUCAUUUCAUUUUCCGUCUAUUCCUUCAACGUAUAUAUUCGAAUUUUUUCUUCCAGGUACUAAUUCCUAAUUUAUCUAAGAUUUAUUUAAAAACCGCCUUAUCGCGGUAAGAACAAGUUUAUAGACUUAAUACGUAGAUUAAUAGCUGUUAACAACUGUGUUAUUAGACUGUUCCUAUAUUAUACGUUUUAUUUUAUUAAUAUAAACUCUCAUUCUUAUAUACUCGUCACGAGUACAACGUGUAAUAUUUAUAUCCGAUGAGAAUUCCCAAUUCAGUUGUCAUAGGAAUGAAAUCAUCGCACCCGCGACCGCAGCACGCGAAGGAAGAAGGAGGUACAUGUACAUAUAUCGUAAAAGUUUAGAUUAAGAUGAAAUUAAAACGACGCGAGAGAGCCCUCGGUCUCUUCGAAACUCUGUCGCGGCACGAUCGAUCGACUUUAAGAUUUGCGCUCGGCGCGAUGCUAAACGACAGGUAUCCCGGUGCGCGGAUCGCGAUAACGUUACAUAAUACACGAUUACGUUCCGUAACUUCUCGGUUGCUUGUACAUACACGUCCGGAAGUUCGUUCUCCGGCGGCUUGCGAAUUCUCGGGUGGUAAACCCGAAUUAUUUUCGGAUGCUAACUAACAGCACGCUUAGAUAGACACACCUCUCCUGUUCGUACAUAUUUCACGCUGCGCGGUGGAGCGUGCGGAAACAACAAUGAUCAGCAGAUAAGAUAACGUACGGUGCACGGGAUGCUUGUGGAAAUGUAUAAACAGGGAUAAAGAAAAGAGACGAAAACAAGGAAAUUCGAAAGAUAAAAAUGGAUGGAAAUAAUAAAAAUCAGGCUGAUAUGGAGACAAUGUAAACGUGAUUAGAAUUGGAGAAUUCAUCGAAGAAGGGAAGUUACUUCGAACUAUAUAUGUCUUAUUGCACGGCCGAACAACUUGAUCCCUUGCCACCGCUGAUGAACCAUACAUAUCCAUGUGCUUACACAAACGCACGUAGCUCGUCUUCUUCCUCUCCCUAAUUAAAACACAUACAUAUAUUUUUUCAAUGUGACUUGUCCUAUAUAUCUCUCGUAUGUAUAACCGUAUAGCCUACAUUAGACUUAUUUAUACAUACACGUGUAAUCGUGUAAACACGUGCGCGCAUACUUAAUAUACGUUUAUUGUCCAUAAACCGCAGGCUGUAUUUCGCACGUGUAUAUGUACUUCAGAGACAAUAUGUACGUAGUAUACCGAUGAGACAGAACCCGGAUAGCGUAUAUAUACCUGUAAGGAUUAUUUCUUUCGUUGUUAUCGUACAUGCAGGAUGUUAACAAUAAUAAUAACGUCGGCAGUAACAAUAACACUUAAUGAUAACAAUAGUAGUAAUAAUUUAGCAGACACGCAGUCGGUUCUUGGCGAUGAUUCCAAGCGGACAAUGCAUACAAUAAAAUUUGUGAUAAACGGGAAUUGGACACUCGUCUGCGCUUUGCAAUUAAAAAGAAAAAAGGAAAAAGAUUCACGACUCUCCCGAGAAAUUUUAUAACGUAUACGUAUACGCGCGUCCACGGAGUAUGUGAUCUAGUGUUGCGACGCCGGUCCAACGUAUUCGAUUUAUCCCUGACUUUCGGUUUCAACCCUCGACGGGGAGGUAAAUGACGCCAUUUAAUCAAUCGCGCCGGGAAGGAGCGGAUUAAACGUGGCUUGCUUUUUUGUCAAGCUUGUCGGACAAAAAACGAGGCAAAUCGCGGUCGUUUGCGGCGAAAAAUUACGAGGAACACAAAUAUCACGUUUGACGUCGAUCGAUUCCACCGAUAUAAAAUCUGCCAUUGAAACGAAAUGAAAUUUCAAAUCGUUAUUUGCAUCAUUGAAAAACAUGAAAUAUCCUUCAUAAAAAUUGAUCAUAUUUAUAUAGAAAAUUUUUAACUUAAGACAUUAUACACGGAAUGUACGAUGGGAACAUGUUUUAUAUUCCGCGCUAGAUAACCGCAAUUAUUUGCAUAAAAGAGAACGAAGCGUAAUAUUUAGGGCGUUUGGAAAAAAAUAUAUAAAGUGAUGAUUGAAAAAUGCGGAUAUUUUUCAUUAUUUUGACAAAGCAGAAAUACAAUUCGUUCUUAAAUCUAAUCAAUCUUAUUUUUGCAAAAAUUUAAAACAAUUCUUUAUUCCUGAAUUUUUUUGGCAUUUAUAAAUAUUCAAAAACGCGAUACGAUCAGAUCUUGAGAAUAUUUAUUGUUGUAACACGGUACCGAUAUAUACUUAAGAAAUUUAAUUUUUUCGAUUAAAGAAAUUAAAUGAUAAUAAAAGCUAAAGUCAUACUACUCGCGUGCGCUCUUUUGUGAUUACAUCCAAAAAGACAUCAGGAUCAUUAUCGUUACAACAAAGAGAAUAGAUUAAAUAAUUGACAGUUUCUUAAUUAAAUCGAACGUUAUGACCGGUUUUUGAAUGCAGUUACGAACAAAUCGAGUAGUUGUACUUGUGCGCUCUUUGUACAAAUACCCCGUAACGUGAUCAUAUCAAUGUAACUUAGACUUACUUAUAAUAUAUACGUACAUUAUACAGCUAUACAUACUGGACGCGCAAUGUUAAGAAACAGCUCUUGUAUGUUAAAUAAAUCGAGAUUAAAUAAAAUUGUUGAUAUGUGA